GCUAUCGGGCGUUGAUAAAUUCAACUUGUGGCGCUCGUUUCGUUGCUCAAAAUUUUAUGACCCGAGUCGAUUUCAAUUGAUAUAAUAAGCUUGUGAGUGAUUCUGUUACAAGGGCGUUGUUAAAUUGUUAAAAUUCCAUGUAAAUCCACCACAUGAUGAAUGUUAAUCGAGAUGCUGAAAUUGUUAAUUAAAGACAUCUUUUGCGACCGAGAUAAGUAGUUAAAUUACUUAACAAUGCAGUCUAGAGAGCCGAGCGCCGUGGCUAGGACAGUAAAAAUGUCUCAGAUUAUCUACACCUACACCGAUGAAGCACCAAUGCUUGCAACCUACUCUCUUCUCCCAAUAUUCCAGAGGUUUUCAAAACCAAUGGGAAUAGAGAUUCUGAGGAAAGAUAUAUCUUUGGCUGGGCGUAUUCUAGCUAACUUUCCUGACUUCCUUUCUGAGGAGCAAAGGCAGUCUGAUGACCUGGCCUGGUUGGGAGAGCUGGCUAAAACUCCUGAGGGUAAUAUUAUCAAGCUUCCAAACAUAAGUGCUUCAGUUCCCCAGCUGAUUGAAGCUAUUGCUGAGCUCCAAGGGAAGGGAUAUAAAGUUCCAAACUUUAUUCAAAACCCAACCACGCAGCAGGAACAGGAGAUUAAUAAGAGAUAUGGCGCCGUGUUGGGAAGUGCUGUGAACCCUGUGCUUAGGGAGGGGAACUCUGAUAGAAGAUGUGCACCACCAGUUAAAGAACAGGCCAAGAGGCAAACAAAGAGAAGUCCUGGCAUGAAGCCUUGGUCUAAGACCAACAAGACUCAUGUUGCCCAUAUGACGGAAGGGGAUUUCUAUGGGUCGGAGCAAUCUCAUAUCAUGAGCUCUCCUGGAUCAUUGAAAGUCGUCUUUAAACCAGCUGCUGGAGGGGAGAAGGUUUUAAAGGAAGAGAUAAAGCUUGAAGCUGGGGAGUUGAUUGAUGCCUCUUUCAUCAGUAAGAAGAAAUUGUGCGAGUUCUUUGAGAAGGAAAUGACUGACUGUAAGGAGAGUAAUCUAAUGAUGUCCCUGCACCUGAAGGCCACCAUGAUGAAGAUAUCCGACCCAAUCAUCUUCGGGCAUGCUGUUAAAGUAUUUUACAAGGAUGUGUUCGCUAAGCAUGGUGAACUGUUUGCUGAGCUGGGUGUAAAUGUAAACAACGGGUUGGGUGAUAUUUACGAGAAAAUCAAGGGAAAUCCUAAACAGGGAGAAGUUGAAGCAGAUAUCCAGGCCGUGUAUUCUACUAGACCAAAGUUAGCUAUGGUGGAUUCUAGUAAAGGAAUCACGAACCUUCAUGUUCCCAGCGAUGUUAUUAUUGACGCUAGUAUGCCCUGUGUAGUGCGCGAUGGUGGUGCAAUGUGGAACAAAGAUGAUAAGUUAGAGGAGGUGAAGUGUCUAAUCCCUGAUAGAAGCUAUGCCACUAUGUACCAGGCUUGCAUUGCUGACUGUGUAGCCAACGGUCAGUUUGAUUGGACCACGAUGGGUCACGUGUCAAAUAUUGGACUGAUGGCUAAGAAAGCUGAGGAGUACGGAAGUCAUGAUAAAACCUUCGAGAUACAAGGAGAUGGUGUUGUAGAGGUUGUUGACGGUAGUGGGAAACCUGUGUUCUCCCAUACAGUAGAGACUGGAGAUAUCUGGAGAAUGUGUCAAACUAAGAACGCUCCGAUCAAGGAUUGGGUUGGAUUAGCUGUUUCUAGAGCCAGAGCAUCCAAUACUAAAGCUAUAUUCUGGUUGGAUCCUGCUAGAGCCCAUGACAGGAACCUGGUUGAUCUAGCGAGCAAGUAUCUUCUGGAGCUUGAUACAACAGGACUAGAGAUCAGCUUUGCCACACCCGUGGAGGCGAUGAAGGAAUCCUGCAGCAGGGCCAGGGCGGGGCUAGAUACCAUCAGUGUAACAGGGAACGUACUGCGUGAUUAUCUGACAGAUUUGUUCCCUAUUAUUGAGCUGGGAACAUCAGCUAAGAUGCUAAGUAUAGUUCCUCUCCUAGCAGGAGGAAGAUUACUUGAGACUGGUGCAGGAGGUUCAGCUCCUAAACACGUGGAACAAUUCAUUAAGGAGAAUCAUCUUCGUUGGGAUUCAUUGGGAGAAUACUUGGCUACUGCCAUAGCCUUCCAGGAACUAGGAGCGAAGACUAAUAACGCUAAAGCAAACCUCUUAGGAGACUGCCUAAUGGAGGCGGUUGGAGUAUGGUUGGAGAACAACAAGUCCCCAGGAAGGAAGAGUGGGGAGAUAGACAACAGAUUGAGUAACUAUUAUCUGGGUCUAUACUGGGCUCAAGCUCUGGCUGCUAAGGAUCCUUCUUGGAAUCAAUUAGCUCAACAGCUCAGGGAGAACGAGGAAACUAUCAGUAAGGAGUUAAUAUCCUGCCAGGGAACACAAGUUGAUAUCGGUGGAUAUUACAAGCCUGAUGAUGCAAAGGCCGAGGCUGCAAUGCGUCCCUGCUCUGUUCUAAACCAAAUUAUUGAUACCUACUGACGCUCUAACCUAUAACGUAGAUAUGGAGAAGUAGUUUUAAAACAUUGCAUUUAUGUAAAUUGAUUAGUUCAAUGAUUGAUUUUGAUAAGAAGUGUUUUCCUAUAGAAUAUUUGAUAUUUUUAUUAAUAAUGUUUUUUUUGUAUUUUUAUGCAGGUUAUUUUUACACAUAGUUUAAUGUUUUAUAAAAAUGAAUAAAGAUUUUCAAUUAAUUAAUCUAAAACUGUGAUUUAAUGAAUUUUUACCGGUUUCAAUGUUAGAAUGAAAUAGCUUUUUACUUAAAAUAAAAUAUAUUUUAAUUAGUUUAAA